AUGGACGUUGACAUGUCGGGCGACGGGGGCCAAAAUGGCCAGUCUCCCACAAAAUCGUCGCCUGGUGGCAAUGCCAACGCGGCUGCCAACGCGGCCGCCGUCGCGGCCGCGAACGCGAUGAGUUUUAGAAGUGACCGAGGCGAAGGAGAUGAACGAUCUCAAACAGGAACAUCCAUCAGCUCUGUCACAUACCCACAACCCCCAACGGUAUCGCACUCGAUAGAAGGCACACCGCUUGCCCUCCUGACUGAGGCACAAUCACGCAAACAGGACAUCGAUACUGGCACUUACCUGAACAUGGUUAUGAAACCCAAGUUCACUCGUGCCCCCAUCACUGAAGCUGGCCGUGUUGCAUAUCUGGGCGAGUCCUCCAACUUGACUCUCCUCGUCCAUGACAGACAAGGCUCUGCCGAUGUUGUACACUACCCUCUCCCUGAAAAUGUCCGAGGAUCUCGUGCCAGACUGACCGAACUGGACAAUGUCGAGAUUGAUAUCCUGCAUCAAAGGGGAGCCUUUUUGCUUCCGCCUCGAUCCCUAUGCGACGAGCUCAUUGAUUCAUACUUCAAAUGGGUCCACCCAAUUGUCCCUGUUGUUAACAGAGCUCGUUUCAUGAAGCAGUAUCGCGACCCCAAGAAUCCUCCCUCGCUGCUACUCCUACAGGCUGUGCUACUCGCGGGUACUCGUGUCUGCAGCAAUCAGCAGCUCAUGGAUGCCAACGGCUCGACUACCCCGGCUGCUUUGACUUUCUACAAGCGUGCCAAGGCCUUGUAUGAUGCCAACUACGAAGACGACCGCGUUACGAUUGUACAGUCUGUCCUGCUCAUGGGCUGGUACUGGGAAGGCCCCGAAGACGUGACCAAGAAUGUGUUCUACUGGAGCCGCGUUGCCACCAUUGUUGCGCAAGGAUCUGGGAUGCAUCGCUCAGUCGAGCAGUCUCAACUGAGCAAGUCCGACAAGCGCCUGUGGAAGCGAAUCUGGUGGACACUAUUCACCCGUGAUCGCUCCGUCGCAGUUGCCCUUGGUCGACCCGUUGGAAUCAACCUGGACGAUUCGGACGUUGAGAUGUUGACAGAAGAUGACUUCAUUGAAGACGAGUCCGGCAACCAUCCCGAAUUUGCACCCGAUCAGAUCCACGUGCAAUUCUUCCUCCAAUACGUCAAGCUAUGUGAGAUCAUGGGCUUGGUCUUGUCACAACAGUACUCGGUUGCAUCCAAGGGCCGGCAGCGAAAUGCCAUUGAUCUUACGCACAGCGACAUGGCCUUGGCGGACUGGCUCCAGAACUGCCCAAAGGUUGUCUACUGGGAAAUGCCCCGACACCACUUUUGGUCAGCCUUGCUGCACUCCAACUAUUACACAACACUUUGCCUUCUGCACAGGGCACAUAUGCCUCCAAACGGUGGGCCGAGAACCUUGGACGACUCGCCAUACCCGUCAAGAAACAUUGCCUUCCAGGCCGCGGCCAUGAUUACUUCGAUCGUCGAGAACCUCGCAGCACAUGAUCAGUUGCGCUAUUGCCCCGCCUUCAUCGUGUACAGCCUGUUCUCUGCACUGAUCAUGCACGUCUAUCAGAUGCGGUCGCCUGUCCCAUCUAUUCAGCAGGUAACUCAUGAUCGACUACGAAGCUGCAUGCAAGCAAUGAAGGAGGUCUCAAGAGUAUGGCUAGUGGGCAAAAUGGUGUACACGCUUUUUGAGUCUAUCAUCGGUAACAAGGUACUCGAAGAACGCCUACAAAAGGCUGCGGGCAAACGUCACCGAAAAAUGCAGCAAAGCAUGUCUCAACUAGAUCAGCAUAGCAAGGCGCAGCAGCAACAGCAGCAGCAGCAGCAGCAGCAACAGCAGCAGCAGCAGCAGCAACAGCAAGACCAAAGCAAACGCAAAUUUGAUGACAUGGCCAUGGAAUUUACAGCAAACGCGCCGACACCACAAGAAUCCUACGAACGAUCCCGUCCGCAAACGCCGAGUGCUGCCAAGAUGGACGCAGGUCCUCCUGGCAACAACCAGGCCAACAUAUCACCUACACAGCGACCAGCGAACGAUACCUUCAUGGGAGGCACCAGCUCGCGUCCACAGACGCGACCCGCAACUCCGUUUAACCCCUCAUUUUCGGUUCCUGCCACACCCCCUGAUCUGUAUCUUGUUACUCGAAACUCGCCCAAUAUCUCGCAGUCGCUUUGGGAGAACUUCCAGCCGGACCAGCUGUUCCCUGACAGCACUGGAAUCCCCAAUGUCUCGCCAUCGCAAACGCAUCAGAAUAUUGACCCAAGCGGGUUGGGACAAGUGCCCGGUGGAGUGCCUCCCGCGCAGUUUCAGCACCGCGGCAGCGGCCAAGGCAAUACCCAAGGCAAUACCCAAGGCAAUACCCAAGGCAAUGUCAAUGGCCACGGUAACGGCAAUGGAAUAAUGCCAGUCCCCGGAUUUGCUACGCAUGCAAACAUGUGGCAGAGCAAUUUUGAGCCGGCUGGGCAGGAUGGGCAAAGCCCAGAUAGUUGGAGCACAGGGUCAGCUGCAGGACAGCCUGUGCCGACAACACUCAACGUUGAAGACUGGUUCCAAUUUUUUGGCAUACAGGGGGAUCCAAGCCAGCUGAACCUGGACGCGCUGGGCAACAAUGUACCGUCGAAUCUUGGCAACGCAGCCACCAAUAACAACUAG